GUUUCGCCUUAGAUACGUGUAGUCGUUUAUAGGUAAUGGCAGCUCGAAGGAGUUCGUCGGAAAAAAAUCCAAAAAUACACAGCAAUAAUUCGAAAAGUUCCGAGGUAAACAUCGUUACAACAAAACGGACAAACGCUAAGUGUUUGCGAUCGAUUCCGAACGAAAAAGAGGAACCUAGACAUUUAUCUUACUCAGAGCAGUACACAAAAACGAGAGAAGAACAUGCACCAUACAGGGUUGUUAGUAAAGAAGUCGAACUAGACGCCUUGAAUCGUAAGUACAUAGGCACUUAUAAUAUAUUAAUUGAUUAUUUAUUAUGUAAUACAAGUAUACAACUCGUACAAUCGGGAUAUUAACGAGCCAAGUUUAAUGUUUAGCCGUCGAAAUGAGCGAGUCAGAAGAUUGCAUCAUCAUCGGAAAAACGUCAGUUAAAGAAGAACCACCAGAAAUAUUGAACCUAGACAAAACCAUUGAAGAGUUAAAGACGGCGACGGAAUACAAAUUUAUUUAUCUAGUUUACGCAGUCAGCAAAAAAUCUAAAUAUUUUUCACCGUAUAAUUUCAAAAUUGUUCUGUUUCAAAAUAUCA